CCUUUCCAGCUUGGGCCCGGCAGAUUGGCUGCGGCAAAGAAGGGUGGCGAGAAGAGGAAGGGCCGUUUCGCUGUGAACGAGGUGGUGACGGAAGAAUACGCCACCAACAUUCACAAGCACAUCCAUGGAGUGGCCUUCAAGAGGCGCGCUCCUGGGGCACUCAGCGAAAUUCGCAAGUUUGCCAUGAAGGAGAUGGGGACUCCAGAUGUGCGCCUGGAUACCAGGCUCAGUAAAGCUGUCUGGGCCAAAGGAAUAAGGUCUGUUCCAUAUCGCAUCCGAGAACGUUUGUUCAGAAAACGUGAUGAAGAUGAGGAUUCACCAAACGCGCUCUACACUUUGGUGACUUACGUGCCCGUUACCACAUUCAAAGAUCUCCAGUCGGUCAAUUCGGAUGAGAACUAA